AUGUUCAGGCAGGUGCUGGUGGUGGCAGCGAAGCUGGCCAUGUGUAGGGACUUCCAGUACCACUCACAAUGCAAGAUCUCUGAGAAACUCGGGAGGGCCUGACCUAAAUUCAGACAUACAACCAGUUCUAGAUGUACCUUAAUGCAUUCUAAACAUUGAAUGUGAGAAAUACACAAAAAUAAGUAAUGAACGAAGUCCUGGUAAGAACACAGUAUUUGGCUCUUAAGAUUGAUGACGAUAGAAUCUGAUGGUCUUGCAGGAAGAUGCUGAUGUCCCUGUGCUAUUAAUGGUCCAGACUGAUCAAAUCGCUGGGUUUAGAAGCUGAUUGUUUAAAAAUGGCCAACUUUAGAUAGCAGAAGCAAGUUGCAUAUCUAGUCUUGCGGUUGUUGCCACCAAAAGUGAGUUCCAAAUCAACAUUGGUGUCUAUCAACCAAACAUUCUAACAUUUAUAAUUCUAUUAAAGUUGCAAUUUUCUGUUUUGAUAACAUCAUAUUCAAUAGUAAUUGUAUUUUUAUGGAAUGAUCACCAUGGCAAAGACAUUGAAUGUGUUUCAAAUCAACACUGUUGCUCUAAUCAACCAAACAUUAUAAUUUCAAUCAGGGGAAAGACUUCCUUGAGGUACAGGCUGUUCAUUUCCCUUUCAAAUUGGUGGUGUGUUUAAAUAGCCUGACAUCGGCUGGAUCACACGCACACACACACACCUCACUAAUACAUUGUUUGUUAUCUCUGUAUAUCAGUUAGCCUACUCUGCCCAGAGUGGGUGGAAACCCGCUUUGGUGAUGACGUUUCACUUCCUUAUGUUAUAAAAUGCAUUUUACCAAGACAAAUGGGACUCUUCAUGUUCUGAAUCGUUCAGUGGGGUCUUUCUCGAGCAUAUCAUUAACAUUAUAUCCAAAAAGUCCGAUUUCGUAACCUAAUACAUCUGAUAAUAAGCACAGAGCUCUGUCGCUCUGAGCGGUGCAGCGUUAUCACCUAAACUUUUGAGGAUUUUACAUUUUGUGGUCGUCUUCCGAGUUGUUUCCGCUGGUUGUAGAUAGCAAAAUUUGCAUGAUACGAGUUUAAUUAAAUGUAAAAGGAUUCGACAGUGCUCCGUUGACAUUUCACAGAGAUGCGCUUGUUUUUGUGAGAAGUCUUCGAGAAAGUACAGGAACUUCACAGUAAUAUGAACAGCGUAUAUUAAAAUACUACACUGAACUCAAAUAUAAACGCAACAUACAACAAUUUCAAAGAUUUUACUGAGUUACAGUUCAUAUAAGGAAAUCAGUCAAUUGAAAUAAAUUAAUUUGGCGUUAAUCUAUGGAUUUCACAUGACUGGGAAUAGAGAUAUGCAUCUGUUGGACACAGGUACCUUAAAAAAAAGUAGGGGCGUGGAUCAGAAAACCAAUCAGUAUCUGGUGUGACCACCAUUUGCCUCAUGCAGCACGACACAUCUUCUUCGCAUAAGGUUGAGCAGGCUGUUGAUUGUGGCCUGUGGAAUGUUGUUCCACUCCUCUUCAAUGGCUGUGCGAAGUUGCUGGAUAUUGGCGGGAACUGGAACACGCUGUCGUACACGUCGAUCCAUAGCAUCCCAAACAUGCUCAAUGGGUGACGUGUCUGGUGACUAUGCAUGGAAGAACUGGGACAUUUUCAGCUUCCAGGAAUUGUGUACAGAUCCUUACGACAUGGGGCCGUGCAUUAUCAUGCUGAAACAUGAGGUGAUGGUGGUGGAUGAAUGGCAUGACAAUGGGCCUCAGGAUCUCGUCACGGUAUCUCUGUGCAUUCAAAUUGCCAUCGAUAAAAUGCAAUUGUGUUUGUUGUCCGUAGCUUAUGCCCAUACCACCGCCACCAUGGGGCACUCUGUUCACAACAUUUACAUCAGCAAACCACUCGCCCACAAGACACCAUAAACGCUGUCUGCCAUCUACCCAAUACAGUUGAAACCAGGAUUAAUCUGUGAAGAGCACACUUCUCCAGCAUGCCAGUGGCCAUCGAAGGUGAGCAUUUGCCCACUGAAGUCUGUUACGAUGUCGAACUGCAGUCAGGUCAAGACUCUGGACGGAUGACUGCACAUUUUAGAGUGGCCUUUUAUUGUUACCAGCACAAGAUCAGCAUCUUGAUAUGCCACACCUGUCAGGUGAAUUAUCUUGGCAAAUGAGAAAUGCUCACUAACAGAGAUGUAAACAAAUUUGUGCACAAUUUGAGAGAAAUAAGCUUUUUGUGCAUAUGGAAAAUGUAUGGGAUCUUUUAUUUCAGCUCAUGAAACAUGGGACCAACACUUUACAUGUUGUGUUUAUAUUUUUGUUCAGUGUAUAUGUUAUGUCUCAAAAUCAAUAUCUAUCUGACCUCUAUAUUGUUUUAUGUCCUCUGGAUUUGAGAAGAAAGAUGACAAGUUCAAUGGUAAGCCGGUCCGGUAGCCUUAAAACUCGCACAGCAUCCAGCCUAGCUGACCUGAAACUAUUUUCCUGAUUUAUGACCACUUUUUUUCUCUGGCCUCCAUUGAUUUAGUCGCCCUAAUUUUGACCGUCCUACAAAGGUAAAAACUCAAAUAAAAUUUGAACGGAUUUUGAUAGAGACAUGAGGUUUGGACCAUUGGUUUUCUUAGAGGAUUAUCUACAUAAUUAACAUAUUAUUUACCCAUUGGUCAAAUAAUGAGCUUUGAUUGGAUACCCUACACUGUGGUCGCUGUUGUUUCCUCUCUCAAUCACCAUGCAGUGUUAUGUGCAAAUACUUGUGGCAGCCUCAGCUGGUUUCAACCAAGCUUGGAGAGCAAGAGAGAAUCAUGAGGCCAGGGGAGUUCAACUGGGUUCUGUUCAUUAGGCACCAAACAGAAGAAAACAGACUGAAACAGACAUUAACUACCUAAGCUUGUCCAAUAAGAAAUGCUCAUUUUUUGUUUUCCGUCGCAAAACUACCUAACGACCAGAUCGUAACUGUAUACCAGGUUUAUGUGAUGUGACCCUUCUGUGGGUUUCAAACUGCCCAUGCUGUUUGUGUGUACAUGGGGUUGGUCAUAGUCUGCUUGUAGAGAUUAUCCUACUAGCUCAGCACUGGGAAUAAACACCAGUUUAAUUAUUUUUCUUCUGUUAAGUCAGACCGCAGUUACCUUGCCAGCUACAUCAGUCAACUAAAGCCAGCCAUUUAAUUUUUUGGUUAAAUGUAAAAAAAAAUCUCUGUAAUACUACAAUUUAAUGAAGUUGGCUUUAGCUAGCCCAGAUACAGUAGGUUCCAAAUCUCCCAUCCUCAUUACUAGCUACCAAUCAAGUGAGAGUAGCUAGCUUGUCUAACUAUCUUAGCUGACAUGGCUGCUGGCAUGGUUGGUAAACUUUAGAAAAGCAAGCAAUGACUAAAUGUACUGAAUAAGACUCACAUUCCUUUCAAUCUUUUACUCAGAAUUUAGCAGAGAAGCAUAUUAGAGGGUCAUGACCCCGUCCCCAGUGAAAGUUGCGCCCCUGUGUAGUUACAGAAACUCUGAAGGCCUUAUUGUCGCUUAGAUCUGUAAGUUGAGAAAAUAAAAUGUAAAUGAAGCCACAUUUUCUUCACAUAAAAGGCACUUUUCUUCUACGUUUUACAGUAUGUGUGUUGAUAAGAGUCUCUGUCACUGACAUCUAUCUCUGUGUUCUGGCUCCUUCAGGAUUGAAGACCUACCUGAUCUCAGGGAGGAAGGUGGAGCCGUGCCACUGUAGCUGUUCCCAGCUUCGCCUGGCUGGCCUGGAGCCUGGGGGGGACACCCGCUGUCCCACACCCCGUGCCCACACCCCAGAUGGACCCCCCAGAGCCCCCUCAGCCUGCGGCCUACCCCAGGAAGGGGCUCCCGACAGGGCCAAGGUGAGGACAUGGUAUAUGUCACGAUCGUUGGAGGAAGUGGACCAAUGCGCAGCGUGAUGAGUGAACAUACUUUUAAUUUGAUUCACCACACGAAACAAAACAACAAAACGAUACGUGAAGUCCUAGGUAACAGACACAAACCUUACACGGAACAAGAUCCCACAAAACACUGUGGAAAACAGGUUGCCUAAGUAUGGUUCCCAAUCAGAGACAACAAGCAACAGCUGACACUCGUUGCCUCUGAUUGAGAACCACCCCGGCCAACAUAGAAACACAUGAGCUAGAUAACGAACCUAGAACACAAAUACAUAGAAACUACACACCCUGGCUCAACAUAACAGAGUCCCAGAGCCAGGGCGUGACAGUACCCCCCCCCCCCCCCAAAGGCGCGGACUGUGACCGCGCCAAACAUAAACCGAACAGGGGAGGGCCGGGUGGGCAUUCCUCCUCGGAGGCGGUUCCGGCUCCGGGCUUGACCACCACCCUCCAACAAUUCCCCCGUAGCGCCCCUGGUCCGGUCUGGCCCCGCUGGCUGGAGCUGGACUGGACAUCGGUGGAGCGGAUUGCUUAGGCUCCGAUGUGGAGCAGCUGACCGGUACCUGACCAGGCACCGGUGACCCAGGCACGGGCUGUGCCGGACUGACGAUGCGCACCACAGGCUUGGUGCGGGGAGCAGGGACGGGCCGAACCGGGCUGACGAUGCGCACCACAGGCUUGGUGCGGGGAGCAGGAACGGGCCGGACCAGGCUGACGACGCGCACCCCAGGCUUUGUGCGGGGAGCAGGAACAGGCCGGGCCGGGCUGGCGACGCGCACCAUUGGCUUGGUGCGGGGAGCAGGAACAGGCCGGGCCGGGCUGGCGACGCGCACCAUUGGCUUGGUGCGAGAGGCAGGAACAGGCCGGACCGGGCUGGCGACGCGCAUCACAGGCUUGGUGCGAGGGACAGGAACAGGCCGGACCGCACUGGGAACACACACCACUGGCCUUACCCGGGGAUCAGGAACGGGCCGGACCGGACUGGCAACACACCUCAGUACCUCUCGCCGUGCCUCUACAUUUUCCUUCCCUCUACUCGCCAAUGGCUCCCGUAACCCGGUGGCCUUCACUCCUCGUCCACUAACUCGCCCCUUAUCUGCCUCCAGCAGCCCCGUCGUCCACAGUGUGAGCCCCCCCCCUUAACAUUUAUUGGGCUUGUCUCUCCCCCGUGGAUAUGGCCUCCAUGGCUCUCGCCAGACUCUCCAUCCUCUGCUCCCAGGUCCAACCUCUCUCCUCCUCACACUGCUUGACCCAGUCGAGGUGGAUAUCCGCUAGAGUUACCUCUGGCGUUGGCUCCUGGACACGCUGCUUGACCCAGUCGAGGUGGAUAUUCGCUAGAGUUACCUCUGGCGUUGGCUCCUGGACACGCUGCUUGGUCCAGUUUUGGUGGGAUCUUCUGUCACGAUCAACGAACACAGUGGACCAAUGCGCAGCGUGAUAAGUGAACAUACUUUUAUUUAGAUUCACCACACGAACAAAACAACAAAACGAUAACGUGAAGUCCUUGGUUACAAUACAAAACCAACACGGAACAAGAUCCCACCAAUACUGGACCAAGCAGCGUGUUUCGGAGCUAACGCCGGGUAAGGAGAUGGAGAAGUUGGCGAUGGCCCAGGUGGGCCAAUGGUGGUCCUGGGAGGACAUGUUCGAGGGCAGAGGACCAUGGGCAAAGGUUAAAGCCUUGGCGAGAGAGGAGGUACGGCGCCAACAGUGUCGUCGUCGGACAGGCGAGAGGCAACCCCAAUAAAUUUUUAGGGGGGGGCACAUGGCAUGGACGACGGGGCUGCUGGAGGCAGAUAAGGGGCGAGUUUGUGGACGAGGAGAGAAGGCCACCGGGUUACGGGAGUCAUUGGUGAUUAGAGGGAGGGAAAGUGUAGAGGCACGGCGAGAGGUACUGAAGUGUGUUGCCAGUCCGGUCCGGCCCGUUCCUGAUCCCCGUAUAAGGCCAGUGGUGUGUGUUCCCAGUGCGGUCCGGCCUGUUCCUGUCCCUCGCACCAAGCCUGUGAUGCGCGUCGCCAGCCCGGUCCGGCCUGUUCCUGCCCCUCGCACCAAGCCUAUGGUGCGCGUCGCCAGCCCGACCCGGCCUGUUCCUGCCCCUCGCACCAAGCCAAUGGUGCGCGUCGCCAGCCCGGCCCGGCCUGUUCCUGCUCCCCGCACCAAGCCAAUGGUGCGCGUCGCCAGCCCGGCCCGGCCUGUUCCUGCUCCCCGCACAAAGCCUAUGGUGCGCGUCGCCAGCCCGGCCCGGCCUGUUCCUGCUCCCCGCACCAAGCCUAUGGUGCGCGUCGCCCAUCCCGGCCCGGCCUGUUCCUGCUCCCCGCACCAAGCCUAUGGUGCGCGUCGCCAGCCCGGUCCGGCCAUUCCUGCUCCCCGCACCAAGCCAGGGGUGCGCGUCGUCAGCCCGGUCCGGCCCAUUCUUGCUCCCCGCACCAAGCCUGUGGUGCGCAUCCUCAGCCCGGUCCGGCCCGUUCCUGCUCCCCGCACCAAGCCAGGGGGUGCGCGUUGUCAGCCCGGUCCGGUCCAUUCCUGCUCCCCGCACCAAGCCUGUGGUGCGCAUCGUCAGCCCGGUCCGGCCCGUUCCUGCUCCCCGCACCAAGCCAGGGGUGCAUGUCGUCAGUCCGGCACAGCCCGUGCCCGGUUCACCGGUGCCUGGUCAGGUACCGGUCAGCUGCUCCACACCGGAGCCUAAGCAAUCCGCUCCACCAAUGUCCAGUCCAGCUCCAGCCAGCGGGACCAGACCAGGGGCACUACGGGGGGGUUAUUAGAGGGUGGUGGUCACGCCCGGAGCCGGAUCCGCCUCCGAGGAGGAAUGCCCACCCGGCCCUCCCCUGUUCGGUUUAUGUUUGGCGCGGUCGCAGUCCGCGCCUUUGGGGGGGGGUACUGUCACGCCCUGGCUUUGGGACUCUUAUAUGUUGAGCCAGGGUGUGUAGAUUCUAUGUGUUUGUGUUUCUAUGUUAGGAUCUAGUUCAUGUGUAUCUAUGUUGGCCGGGGUGGUUCUCAAUCAGAGGCAACGAGAAUCAGCUGUUGCUUGUUGUCUCUGAUUGGGAACCAUACUUAGGGAGCCUGUUUGGCACAGUGUAUGGUGGGAUCUUGUUCCGUGUUGGUUUUGUAUUGUAACCAAGGACUUCACGUUAUCGUUUUGUUGUUUUGUUCGUGUGGUGAAUCUAAAUAAAAGUAUGUUCACUUAUCACGCUGCGCAUUGGUCCACUGUGUUCGACGAUCGUGACAGUAUACUGCAGGGUAAAGGGGAGAUGAGGGUCAGGUGUUUGCUCAUUCCCCUUUUUGGUGGUUUUCUACUGUGAAGAUGGAUAGCCAUAUUAUUUGGUUGUUAACAUUCUGUACUUUGACUUCAUUUGAAAAAUGGUCAUAGUGGAUCAAAUGUUUAGCCCAGUAGACAUCUCUUCAGAACAUAAUUGUAGGGUCCUGUGUUUUGAGCAGUCAUGUGACAUGAGAUUGUAUUCUGUAUUUUAAGCCUUAUCCAGAAAUUAGAAUUACACCAAAAAUGAAAGCAAUUGUCUGAGGAUGGUGUUGGACCAUCUGACCUAAAAAGUUAAUCAAAGUUGAAAUGAAGGUUAAAAUCCAGGCAUGUUACAUAAUUGUGCAAAACACAGGGCCCUAAUUUAACAAGAUAUCUACAUCUGGCUGACCCUUGCUUAUCCACAAUGCAUAUAAUAUAAUAUUCACCAACAGAGACAAUUCUCUACUCUGUUACUGUUACUCAUAAAGUGUAGGAGUGCUGACCUAGGAUCAGGUCCCCCCUGAGUCUUAUUCAUUAUGAUCUAAAAGGCAAACCUGAUCCUAGAUCAGCACUCCUACUCUGAAUACGGGCCCAGGUGAAUGUGUUGACAUUAGUGUAAAUCCUAUUUGGUCCCGAUGGUUCUAGUGUCAUGAUGGAGUAAUGAGGCGCCAUAUAGGUCAAAGACAAGAUACUGUAUAUUUACUCUGCUGCUAUUCCUAUAUCCAGUAGUCACUACUCUCCUCAGUCAUACAGUACACACACAUACUUGCUUUAUAGAUACCAAUUAGCCCCCCACAGCCCCACUGUAAGCGUCCCGUACCACCACUACAUCUAUCAGUGCUGGUCGUGGGGGUCUCGUUAGGGGAAGGCGGAUGAGAAGGAUGAGAGGAGAAGUGAAGAGGGGAGAGGAGAGGAGGUUGGCGGGCAAACUGCCGGGUCCUUGGCAUUAAUGAGGUAACACAUGUGGCGAGGCAUUAGAAAGCCCUUCACGUGGGCGCACACACUUCACUGGUACAAACCUUCACUUCAUUGGCUCUCUCUCUCUCACUCACUCACUCACACUUCACUAGGUUUAAUGACGCCUCUUUGAAGCCGUGUCCUUUCUGUGGGCUUCUCACUCCUCUCACACACUCACUGGUCCUCAGAGCCUGACUUGGCUGAGUGUGUAUCUGUAUGUGUAUCAGGCUGUGUGUGUCGCCUGAAAGUGAGCCAGUGUUCACAGUAUCGUCUGGCUGUCUGUUUUAAUUCUGUAGGUUGUGUGGGUGCGCACGUACACACAUGUGUCUGCGUCACGAUGUUACAGAGUACCUUGAACAAUCUGUCUCUGUCCAUUCCUUCAGCCUACCCCAGCCUCUUCUAUGUCAUCCCUCUCUCCACCUCUCCUCUAUCGCCCUGGCCCUGUCUCCCUUUUUCUAUAGCCAAUUGGUGGUGGCUGAGCUUGUAUUUAGUCAGGAUCUGCCUCUGUUUUGUAUCUCUGAAAGCGUAGAGAUAUUCGGACUAUCUCUAUCAUCUUUUUAGGGCCAAAUAGCAAUUUAGUUUAUUCUGUGUUUUUGUUUAAUUUUCCCAAUUUUUCAAAUAGGUUUUAAUUUCUGUAACAAUCUGACUGAUUGAUUUCCGUGUGUGUUUGGAUAAUAGGGUUGCUUAGUGUUUUUAACAGCUGACAUAGGGUUCAGCUCUUGGGUUUCCUGUGCUUUGAAUUGGAGGGAUGUUUUGGGGCUUAAUUUGAAUUGGUGCCAAAAUGUAAGUGUCUGUUUCUUUAUAUGAACAAUUAGAGGGAAUCUUCCGAGUUCCGCUCUACACUAAUUAUUUGGUCGUUUCUUUUGGAUAUUUAGGUUAAUUCUGCAGAAUUCUGUAUGCAGAUUUUCUAUUGGGUUUUGGUAAAAUGGUAAAAUGACACUAGUGAUUAUUUUGCACCAGAUUUGGAUUGGAAUAUUUAUUUUGGAGAAUUGUCUUUUUAUGGAGUAAAAAGCAUUGCAGGCUUUUUCUUUUAGUGCAUUCACUACCAGACCAAAUCCAACAGAGGCACAGAUUUUUCGUCCCAGGUAGUUGUACCUGGCCUUUUUCUGGAAAAUCACAACGUUGGUUUUAUGAAAAUGAAGGUUGAUUGCCCAGUUGGUGCUGUAUUCCCAUAGAAUGUCUAGUUACUCCUGUAGACCUUGCUCUGUUGGUGACAGCAGGACAAUGUAAUCUGCAUAGAGCAGGAAUCUGACCUCUUCGUCUUUGAGGGUGAGUGUCACGGAUUCUGCCGAGACUGCUCCUCCUCCUGGUUCGGGCAGGCUUCGGCGUUCGUCGUCCCCGGAGUACUAGAUGCCACCGUUGAAUGUUCUAUGUGUGAUUGCUUUUGUCUGUCUGUCACACCUGUGUCCGUUUGUGUCUGAUUACGUGUUCUAUAAGUUGCCUGUGUUGUAUUGGUUAGGUUGUGUGUUGUUUUUCGCCUGUCCGUAGUGCUGCGUGUUUUGUAUUUCUGUUUCGUUGUUUAUUGCGUUACGCAUAGUUUGCGUAUAGCUCGCCUCUGUUUUCUUGAGGCCGUUUACUGUAUCUUUGCCUUGCAUUUUUCACCAGUAAACUUUGUUGGACUAGCUUCGGUGUCCUGCGCCUGACUCCCACACCACAUACACCUCAGCCUUGACAGUGAGUCCAUGGGCUGCAGGUCGGUACAACAACACUGCGAGUUUGUCACUGUAGACGUUAGAGGUCUUCACAGGUUCAACAAGUUGGACUCGUUCCGAAAUGGACCUGAGUCUUUCCCACUCGGACCCGAUAUGCAUAAAUUAAUUUUCUAAAUAUAGAGAGCCGUUCCAAACGGACCCGAGGACAACUACACCCAUUUUGUAUAGACCUAGUCAGAUCCAGACCCGGUCCGAUCUAACAAAGGGAAGCAGCAGAAAAUUCAUUUUUAAGCUACUUUAUUAACGGGAAAUUAUAAAGAGGGAGAGAGGUGCCGCUCUAGCAGGUGGGGUAGGGGCUGUACUGUGAGUGAGUAACAUGGGGAGCAGGGAGGAGGGAGGGAGAGAUCAGAGACCGCAACCAACCAAGCCGACUCGCGCUAUAGUAGACUAAUAGCUGUCAUAGCUAGGUUAUUUAUCAUCAAAUAUGAUUACGUACUUAGUACCUGUCUUGGUUUGCAUCAAACCGGGAGACGCUAGUUAAGCUAGCAAACGUUAGCUAGCUAGGCUAACUGAGGCUGCAGUGCAUGCACUGUCUCAUUCUACAGUUACAAAUAACAACAACUCCAUUCAGAACAUUAAGUAGCAGCCUGCCUACCUGUUGGCUCUUGGUCGUUGUAGCCUAUCCUUCUCCUUUAACUCCUAACUUUUGCCACACACAUAGCGAGGUUCUAUGACUGUAGCCUAUUGAUGACUUACGAUUGGCCAACAACAAGCUACAUGCGCCAUGCUCCAGUCUCGUGAAAAGCAAGAGCGGUUGCAUAAAUUAUAAAAUGUCUCUCUCGCUCUCUCUCUCUCUUGCGUUCGGAUCUGUACGGGCCCUUCCGGACCAGACAGUUAAAAUUACACAUACCCGAGACCCCUGACAAUCAUAUCAGAUCCGACCCAGACCCGUGACAUUAUUUAGAAUUCUGGGUCUUGGGUAUUUGGGUACAGGUGGAUCCGUGAAGACCUCUAGUAGACAUUGAACAGGGUUGGACUUAAACAACACCCUUGUCUCACUCCCCUCUCUUGUGCAAAAAACUAUUAUUUUAUUGUAUUGUUUAAUACUACAUUAGUUAUUCGCGUAAAUAGAUUUAAUGACGUCGUAUACUUUACCCCCAACACCACUUUGGAGGGUUUGUUAAUAUAAUCCAUCAUGGCAAAUGGAAUCAAAAGCAUUCUUAAAAUCAACAAAACAUGCAAAUACUUUCCCUCUGUUUUUCUGAUGAACAUGCUGGUUUAUUAGCAUGUGUAAUGUGUGUAUGUGGUCUGUUGUUCUGUAUUUGGGUAGAAAGACAAUUAGUUUUUUGCUGAGAGCGUUAUGUUUUGUAAGUAAGGUCUGUGUUCGGUCAUUUAGAAUACAGCAGAACAGUUUUCCCAUGUUAAUAGCAAACACAUUCCCCUAUAAUUAUUAGGGUCUAAUUUAUCACCUUUUUUGUAUUUUGUGGUUAUGAGCCCCUGGUUCCAAGUAUCAGGGAAGCAGCCACUCUCAAAAACCAGGUUGAAUAGUAAAACAAAAAAAAGGCAUCCUGUAGCUCAGGAGUACUGUGUUUAAGCAUUUAAUUCCUGUCAGUGCCACAAGCCUUUCCAGAUUUAAGGCUUUGUAUUUUCUUUGAAAGUUCAGCGUGUGUAAUUUGGUAGUCCGUUGGGUUCUGGUUGUUUUUAAUUGUGUGUUCUAGGGAGCUGAGUUUUUCUUGGAUAUUUAUUUGGGUUAAAGUAAGUUCUUCUGAUGGAAUAGAGACUUUCAAAAUGAUCUUUCCAAAUGUUGCCAUUUUGAAUGGCUAGAUCAUUCUUCAAUCUCUUUCAGAGUGUUUUCAAAAUGCUUCCAUUUCUUACAUCUUAGGUUUUGCUUGUGUUCUUUCAAUAUUUCACAAUAUUCUUGCCGAAAGUCUGUAUCUUGUGGUUGGUAAUGUUUUCUAUUGGAUAAAUAUAUAUAAACAAAACCUUGUUUACAUUCGGCAUGAAUCCAUUUCUCUGUUUGAGGUUUCCAAUUAGAAUUAUAAAUUUGCUUUUGUUGAUGCUUUAUAAUAGAUCACCUUUUUUUUUUACUACAAAAUUUAAACCGGUAGGUUAGGGCUAAAUGUACUCGAAAGGAAAUCAUUGAUACAGGUUGUAAUUUCUGGGGAGUGCAACGCUGUGUUGAAGUGUGUUGCGCUGCCAGGUGCCCAUCUGUACUUUUUAUUUCGAUUAAUCCGUUUGUGUGGUCUUUGGGUGGGGAAGUGUUUUCAAAAAUACAUGAAUUUGGCAGUGGUCAGACAAUGGUGUCUUGUCUGACAGUGAAAGCACUAAUGGUGGAGGGGUCCAAGUGUGAGAUUACAUACACUACCAGUCAAAAGUUUGGACACACCUACUCAUUCAAGGGUUUUUCUAUAUGUAUAUUUUUUUUACCGAGGUAUCAUUGAGGACCAGUGAGUAUCAUAGGUACACGUCAACUAUGACAGACAAAUUGAGAAAAAAAAAUCCAGAAAAUCACAUUGUAGGAUUUUUUUAUGAAUUUAUUUGCAAAUUAUGGUGGAAAAUAAGUAUUUGGUCACCUACAAACAAGCAAGAUUUCUGGCUCUCACAGACCUGUAACUUCUUCUUUAAGAGGCUCCUCUGUCCUCCACUCGUUACCUGUAUUAAUGGCACCUGUUUGAACUUGUUAUCAGUAUAAAAGACACCUGUCCACAACCUCAAACAGUCACACUCCAAACUCCACUAUGGCCAAGACCAAAGAGCUGUCAAAGGACACCAGAAACAAAAUUGUAGACCUGCACCAGGCUGGGAAGACUGAAUCUGCAAUAGGUAAGCAGCUUGGUUUGAAGAAAUCAACUGUGGGAGCAAUUAUUAGGAAAUGGAAGACAUACAAGACCACUGAUAAUCUCCCUCGAUCUGGGGCUCCACGCAAGAUCUCACCCCGUGGGGUCAAAAUGAUCACAAGAACGGUGAGCAAAAAUCCCAGAACCACACGGGGAGCUGGGACCAAAGUAACAAAGCCUAGCAUCAGUAAAACACUACGCCGCCAGGGACUCAAAUCCUGCAGUGCCAGACGUGUCCCCCUGCUUAAGCCAGUACAUGUCCAGGCCCGUCUGAAGUUUGCUAGAGUGCAUUUGGAUGAUCCAGAAGAGGAUUGGGAGAAUGUCAUAUGGUCAGAUGAAACCAAAAUAUAACUUUUGGGUAAAAAACUCAACUCGUCGUGUUUGGAGGACAAAGAAUGCUGAGUUGCAUCCAAAGAACACCAUACCUACUGUGAAGCAUGGGGGUGGAAACAUCAUGCUUUGGGGCUGUUUUUCUGCAAAGGGACCAGGACGACUGAUCCGUGUAAAGGAAAGAAUGAAUGGGGCCAUGUAUCGUGAGAUUUUGAGUGAAAACCUCCUUCCAUCAGCAAGGGCAUUGAAGAUGAAACGUGGCUGGGUCUUUCAGCAUGACAAUGAUCCCAAACACACCGCCCGGGCAACGAAGGAGUGGCUUCGUAAGAAGCAUUUCAAGGUCCUGGAGUGGCCUAGCCAGUCUCCAGAUCUCAACCCCAUAGAAAAUCUUUGGAGGGAGUUGAAAGUCCGUGUUGCCCAGCAACAGCCCCAAAACAUCACUGCUCUAGAGGAGAUCUGCAUGGAGGAAUGGGCCAAAAUACCAGCAACAGUGUGUGAAAACCUUGUGAAGACUUACAGAAAACGUUUGACCUGUGUCAUUGCCAACAAAGGGUAUAUAUGUCUCCCGAGUGGCGCAGUGGUCUAAGGCACUGCAUCGCAGUGCUAGCUGUGCCACUAGAGAUCCUGGUUCAAAUCCAGGCUCUGUCGUAGCCGGCCGCGAGCGGGAGACCCAUGGGGCGGCGCACAAUUGGUCCAGGGUAUGGGAGGGAAUGGCCGGCAGGGAUGUAGCUCAGUUGGUAGAGCAUGGCGUUUGCAGCGCCAGGGUUGUGGGUUCGUGUCCCACAGGGGGCCAGUAUGAAUUUUUUUUAACAAAAAAAAAUAAUAAUGUAUGCACUCACUAACUGUAAGUCGCUCUGGAUAAGAGCGUCUGCUAAAUGACUAAAAUGUAAAUGUAAAAUGUAUAUAACAAAGUAUUGAGAAACUUUUGUUAUUGACCAAAUACUUAUUUUCCACCAUGAUUUGCAAAUAAAUUCAUUAAAAAUCCUACAAUGUGAUUUUCUGGAAAAAAAAAUCUCAUUUUGUCUGUCAUAGUUGACGUGUACCUAUGAUGAAAAUUACAGGCCUCUCUCAUCUUUUUAAGUGGGAGAACUUGCACAAUUGGUGGCUGACUAAAUACUUUUUUUCCCCACUGUAUAUAUGUGUCUAUAUAUAAUUAUUAGUAAUGAUUGUGCUUUUGUUGAGUUUGAACCAAAUGUGGGUGUUACCCUUUUUGAUCUGGUUUAGUGAAAGGUCCCGUUUAUACCAUAUGAUCAAUCCUCCCGAGUUACUGCUCUGUUUUAUGUUUUUAUGUUUGAAUGAUGGAAGUAACAUUUCCCUAUAGCCUGGAGGACAUUGAGUAUCUAUGACACUAUGUUUCUAGAAUCAUUAUUAUGUCAAGACUUUGGUAUUGUUAAGAAUAUCUGGGUUUGUGGUUUUAAGACCUAAGCUAGAAGAGUACAAGCCCUGGAUAUUCCAGGAACGAAUUGCUAAUGAUCUCAUAUCAUAAAUGUGUGUAUAUAUAUAUAUGUAUAUAAUUUGGGUAGAGUGGAGGUUAACAAGCAAAUAUAGAAAUCGAAGUGUGUGUGUGUGUGUGUGUGUGUGUGUGUGUGUGUGUGUGUGUGUGUGUGUGUGAGAGAGAGAGAGAGAGAGAGUGUAAGAGUGUGUGGGCAUCUGUGAAAAAAAUAAUGUUUGCGUGUUAGUGAAUUAAGAAAAAUAAAAUGGUUUUUGUGUGUGUGUGGUUGAUGCACCCAAUCAAUACUUAGGCUAAGCACACCAACCACACACAACACAAGAGUGAAUGGGCUGUGUGUAAACUACAGUAUGAGAAUUUGUCAAUACUUGGAUUGAAAAACGAUAUAAAUGAUAUAAAUAGACAAAUCCCUCUCUUUCGCUCUCUCCUUCUCUCCAGUUCUCCCUGUCUCUCCUGCAGUGUGGGCUGUAGUACCAGAGGAUGAUCAGGUUCUGGAGGAGGGCAUGGUGCAGAACGGUUGCCAUGACGACCACACGACCAAUCGCAGCAAGGUUUGCCUCACCCUUAACCUCACCUAGGAACGUUUACCUUUUAAAUCUUGCCUUCUUCCCCCUUUCACUUAAUCUAACCCCUUUUAAAAACUAGUGUUUUUUCACUUUUAUUUUUUAAUAUAUUUUUAUCCUAUACUUUUCAGAUGGAAGACAUGACAAAAACCCCUACAUCAUUUAGAACCCCCAAAAAGGAAAAGUUUUUAAAAUUUUGGGCCCAAAUGUCAUUUAAACCUCUAUCCAAGACCCCCGGUUAAACUUUUCACCCCCUCUCUCUUAAUACGACGCACCACACACACCACCCAAAAAAUAAUCACAUCACACAGCUUUUCCCCAUUUCUCCUCUAACUCCACCAGGCACCCCCCUCUCUCCAAUGUCCCCCAGGCCCCCGUAGGCCCCCUUGGCCGCAGCCCCAAAGGCCCCGAACGGGGCUGCUGAGCCCCGGGUGGGGAUCCCCCGACCAACGCCCCAAAGUCCUGUUUAGAUGCACGGAAGGGGAAGAAGUGGGGGGUUUGGGGGGCCCCGGGGGGUGGCAGGACCACUCUGGGGCCCCCAUCCCCCCCUCGCCAAGAACUUCAAAGGGGGGACGACCUCACUUUUUGGGUUUUUCAAAGGGGGGAAGGGGGGGGAUGGGGAGGUGGAAAAGGAUUUACCUGGUCCCCCGAUCACAAAACUGAUCUGAAAAAGGCUUGAUGGUUGGGGACUUUUUGGGGGGGUUUGGCAGGAAGCCAAAAAAAAAUCUGAAACCCGGGUAGGAAAUCCAAGGAUAAAUUCUGAACGGAAAGGAGAACUGUUUGUAAAAGUAGACCCCCGUUCUUUUAUGUGAAUCAUGUUGUUUGGUACUGUGUUAUUUACAAUGUAAAAUAUAGAAAGGGUUCCCAAAAAUUCCGUAUUUCCCCAAAAUUCCCCAAUUUUCCAGAAAUCGUGGUUUUUAGGGUCGGUUUCCCGCUUAUUUCCCCCCUGAUUCUGGGGGAAUUUUCCAGCUGGGGUAAAAAUAUUAAUUAUAUUUUUUUUUAAAUGGAAUUUUAGGAAAACCAGGUUUUUUCAAACUAUAAAAAACACGCGGUAGACGUCCCGCUAUUUUGUUUUAUGAUCCUUUUGCUUCUCCCCCGAAAAACCCCCCGGGGCGGGUUCUUAGCACCAAACGGACAAAACAGACAGAUACGGUGCGGACUAUCGGGUUUCCAAAAAAAAAGCUCAUUUUCUUUUCCUUGAAAACGUUGGGCCUAAUAAAAACGGACGGCCCCGGGGGUUGUAGGGUUUGGGGUAAAAUCUCUCCCCGAGUCUUCUUUUUACCUGAUGACGACGUCUGUUGAUCUUCCAUCUCCCCCGAUAAAGGGCACUUCUUCAAGCCUCCCUCAACAACUAGCCCCCUUCCGGACAGAACCCUGGGGUUGCCCACAGGACCAGCUACCGGAAAAGGGGUUGUAUCCCCCUUUUCGUCCUCUCGUAUCGGCCCCUCCCUGUAAAAAUUUCCCCCCCCUUUGGUCGUCCCCUUUCCCCCCAUCUAUUACUUUCUUCUUCUCUAUUUCCCUUAUUUGUCUUUCUAAUGUCUCAUACUUCUCCUCUAAAAGACUAACCGGUUUGCUUUUCUUUCUUUUCCUCUAUCCUAUCCGUUUACCCUCUUUUCUUUGUCGUUAGUUUUGUGUGUUGUUUCGAUAACCUUACCUGCCUUUUAUGGCCGUCAGGGCUGCGGAAAAAGGCGGGAAAUCACUGCAGGGGCCCUAAAAUGUCCUCGGUUUGUGAAGCCCUCGCUGAUAAAAAAAGGGGGGGAAAAUGCAUGUUUCCUUCACUUGGGGUAAUGUUUAGUUUUAAAUUUACAUUUUAAACAUUUGCAACUCCAUCCGAGGGGGACUCAGUUGGGUCAUACUUUUUUUAACUGGCCCCCCCGGGGAACAACCCACCCCUGGCGAGCAAGGCCACUCUCCAAAGGCUACGGGGGCCCCAAUUUUGUUUUCUACUUCGCCUUUAAACACAAAUUUUUUUAAAACUUUUUCCAUUUCCCUUCCUUCCCCCCCGAAACCUUUUUAUUUUCUUACACUUCCUUUUCCUUUUUUCCCCUUUACCCUUCCCCAAAAAUUUCCUCUCUUUAUUUUUUUACUCUUGCAAACCCAAACCCCGGUACCCUUUAUUGCCAUUUUCCUUUUUGCAAGGGCCCUUAAAAUCCCCCAAUUGCUCUGGCAGGCUCUGCGGCUAACGCUGGCGCUCCACUUUGUGUUUGUGUGUGAAGGUUUUCUAUUGUGACGCAAAACAAACAUUUUCCCUUGAAAAUACAAAGUAUUUUUUUUUCUAUUUCCCCCCCGCCCCCGGGGGAACCGGCGGCGGUGCAACCUUUGCCACCUCCUUCAUUUUUCCUGGACUGGUCCUGUGCGGCUUGUUCCGGCCCCCUCCCUGGGCCCGCCCCUCCGCCCCUGCCCCCCUCCCCAAGCCCCCCUGCCCCCCCCGGGCCCUCGCCCCGGCUGCCGGGGCCCCCCUGCGGAGGGCCCCCGGGGAUGUCUGUCUAACGGGAAAACUGGUGGGGGGGAGGAAGGGGAGGGGAAGGGGGGUGGGGGAAGGAGGAGGGGAGGGGGGGAAAAGGGGGGGGGAGUUGGGGGGAUGGGGGAAGGAGAAAAGGGGGGUAGGAGGGUUGGGGGGGGGGGCCUGGGGAGGGGAGGGGGAGGAUGGGAAAGGGGAGAACCCUUUGGGGUGAGGUUUUUAAAAGGGGGGGAAAAGGGGGGCUUUAGUCUGUUUUUUUAAGGGGUUGGAUUACGUCACAUCUGCUAUCCCCCUCUCUGACUAAAACCCCCUCUCUCCCCCUCCUCCUCCCAGGUUGCCAACCCUUUACACCUUUUUGGGCCCCCCACUUUUGGGGGGGGCUGGGGGGUCCCCCUUUGGCCCCCUUUUCCCCCGUUUCCCUAAAGGGGCCCCCUUUUCGGGUGUCCCUUUUUCCCCCAUUUCCGUCGGGGGAAAGUUUUUGAAACCCGACUGACUCAUGUCUUAAAGUACUGAUGGACUGUCGUUUCUCUUUGCUUUAUAUAACUGAUUGGCUCAAACACAUUAAGAAGGAAAGAAAUUCCACAAAUUAACUUUUAAGAAGGCACACCUGUUAAUUGAAAUGCGUUCGAGGUGACUACCUCAUGAAGCUGGUUGAGAGAAUGCCAAGAGUGUGCAAAGCUGUCAUCAAGGCAAAGGGUGACUAUUUGAAGAAUCUCAAAUAUAAAGUAUAUUUUGAUUUGUUUAACACUUUUUUUGGUUACUACAUGAUUCCAUAUGUGUUAUUUCAUAGUUUUGAUGUCUUCACUAUUAUUCUACAAUGUAGAAAAUAUUAAAAAAUAAUGAAAACCCCUUGAAUGAGUUGGUGUGUCCAAACUUUUGACUGGUAGUGUAUAUAUAUAUAUAUAUAUAUAUAUAUAUAUAUAUAUAUAUAUAUAUAUAUGUGUAUAUAUUUGUGUAUAUAUAUACAGUGGGGAGAACAAGUAUUUGAUACACUGCCGAUUUUGCAGGUUUUCCUACUUACAAAGCAUGUAGAGGUCUGUAAUUUUUAUCAUAGGUACACUUCAACUGUGAGAGACAGAAUCUAAAACAAAAAUCCAGAAAAUCACAUUGUAUGAUUUUUAAGUAAUUCAUUUGCAUUUUAUUGCAUGACAUAAGUAUUUGAUACAUCAGAAAAGCAGAACUUAAUAUUUGGUACAGAAACCUUUGUUUGAAAUUACAGAGAUCAUACGUUUCCUGUAGGUCUUGACCAGGUUUGCACACACUGCAGCAGGGAUUUUGGCCCACUCCUCCAUACAGACCUUCUUCAGAUCCUUCAGGUUUCGGGGCUGUCGCUGGGCAAUACGGACUUUCAGCUCCCUCCAAAGAUCUUCUAUUCGGUUCAGGUCUGGAGACUGGCUAGGCCACUCCAGGACCUUGAAAUGCUUCUUACGGAGCCACUCCUUAGUUGUCCUGGCUGUGUGUUUCGGGUCGUUGUCAUGCUGGAAGACCCAGCCAUGACCCAUCUUCGAUGCUCUUACUGAGGGAAGGAGGUUUUUGGCCAAGAUCUCGCGAUACAUGGCCCCAUCCAUCCUCCCCUCAAUACGGUGCAGUCGUUUUGUCCCCUUUGCAGAAAAGCAUCCCCAAAGAAUGAUGUUUCCACCUCCAUGCUUCACGGUUGGGAUGGUGUUCUUGGGGUUGUACUCAUCCUUCUUCUUCCUCCAAACACGGCGAGUGGAGUUUAGACCAAAAAGCUCUAUUUUUGUCUCAUCAGACCACAUGACCUUCUCCCAUUCCUCCUCUGGAUCAUCCAGAUGGUCAUUGGCAAACUUCAGACGUGCCUGGACAUGCGCUGGCUUGAGCAGGGGGACCUUGCGUGCGCUGCAGGAUUUUAAUCCAUGACGGCGUAGUGUGUUACUAAUGGUUUUCUUUGAGACUGUGGUCCCAGCUCUCUUCAGGUCAUUCACUAGGUCCCCCCGUGUGGUUCUAGGAUUUUUGCUCACCGUUCUAGUGAUCAUUUUGACCCCACGCGGUUGAGAUCUUGCGUGGAGCCCCAGAUCGAGGGAGAUUAUCAGUGGUCUUGUAUGUCUUCCAUUUCCUAAUAAUUGCUCCCACAGUUGAUUUCUUCAAACCAAGCUGCUUACCUAUUGCAGAUUCAGUCUUCCCAGCCUGGUGCUGGUCUACAAUUUUUUUUCUGGUGUCCUUUGACAGCUCUUUGGUCUUGGCCAUAGUGGAGUUUGGAGUGUGACUGUUUUAGGUUGUGGACAGGUGUCUUUUAUACUGAUAACAAGUUCAAACAGGUGCCAUUAAUACAGGUAACGAGUGGAGGACAGAGGAGCCUCUUAAAGAAGAAGUUACAGGUCUGUGAGAGCCAGAAAUCUUGUUUGUUUGUAGGUGACCAAAUAAAUUCAUAAAAAAUCCUACAAUGUGAUUUUCUGGAAAAAUAAUUCUCAAUUUGUCUGUCAUAGUUGACGUGUACCUAUGAUGAAAAUUACAGGCCUCUCUCAUCUUUUUAAGUGGGAGAACUUGCACAAUUGGUGGCUGACUAAAUACUUUUUUCCCCCACUGUAUGUAUGUAUAUAUAUAUAUAUAUAUAUAUAUAUAUAUAUAUAUGUGUAUAUAUAUAUAUAUGUGUGUAUAUAUAAUUCUUAGUAAUGAUUGUGCUUUUGUUGAGUUUGAACCAAAUGUGGGUGUUACCCUUUUUGAUCUGGUUUAGUGAAAGGUCCCGUUUAUACCAUAUGAUCAAUCCUCCCGAGUUACUGCUCUGUUUUAUGUUUUUAUGUUUGAAUGAUGGAAGUAACAUUUCCCUAUAGCCUGGAGGACAUUGAGUAUCUAUGACACCAUGUUUCUAGAAUAAUUAUUAUGUCAAGACUUUGGUAUUGUUAAGAAUAUCUGGGUUUGUGGUUUUAAGACCUAAGCUAGAAGAGUACAAGCCCUGGAUAUUCCAGGAAGAAUUGUUAAUGAUCUCAUAUCAUAAAUGUGUAUAUAUAUAUGUGGGUAGAGUGGAGGUUAACAAGCAAAUAUAGAAAUCCAAGUGUGUGUGUGUGUGUGAGAGAGAGAGAGAGUGUGUAAGAGUGUGUGGGCGUCUGUGAAAAAAAUAAUGUUUGCAUGUUAGUGAAUUAAGAAAAAUAAAACGGUUUUGUGUGUUUUUGAUGCGUGUGUGUGUGUGGUUGAUGCACCCAAUCAAUACUUAGGCUAAGCACACCAACCACACACAACACAAGAGUGAAUGGGCUGUGUGUAAACUACAGUAUGAGAAUUUGUCAAUACUUGGAUUGAAAAACGAUAUAAAUGAUAUAAAUAGACAAAUCCCUCUCUUUCGCUCUCUCCUUCUCUCCAGUCUCCCUGUCUCUCCUGCAGUGUGGCUGUAGUACCAGAGGAGGAUCAGGUUCUGGAGGAGGGCAUGGUGCAGAACGGUUGCCAUGACGACCACACGACCAAUAGCAGCAAGGUUUGCCUCACCUUACCUCACUCUAGUGAACGUUUGACCUUUGAACCUGGCCGUGACCUUUACUAAUCCCAACCUGACUUCACUUAAAUCUAACCCCAGUUUAUCAAACUAGGCUAGUGUUAUCACAUUGUAUUUCUUAAGUCAUAUUUAUAUCGCUAUACUGUACAUGAUGGAAUGACAAGAACAAGCCUGACAUCACUUUAUAGAACCUAUCCAAACGGAAAUGUUUUGAUUAAUUUGACUUCACUAACUAUGUCAUUAAUCACUCUUAUCCAAGACCUCAGGUCUAACACUUCUCACUCUCCUCUCUCCGUUUCAAUACGUACGCACGCACACACACACACAAUCAAUCAACAUCACACAGCUUCUCACCAGCCUCUCUCCUCUCAACUCCACCAGGACACCUCAUCUCUCAAAUGUCCCUCCCAGGCCCCCGUAGGCCCCGUUGGCCACAGCCCCAAGGCCCUGAACGGUCUGCUGAGCCCCAGGCUGGAGGAUCCCCUGACCAACAGCCAGACGUCCCUGUGUGAGAUGCUACAGGAGAAGGAGAAGAAGUGGGGUGGAGGGGCCAUGGGGAUGGGCAUGGACCACUCUGCCCUCAUCCCCCUGCGCUCCAAGAACUUCAGAGAGAGGAGCGACGCUCACUUUGUGGAUGUUAUCAAGGAGGACAGGUGGGUGGAUGGAUGUUAGCCUGGUCCCAGAUCACACAAACUGAUCUGAAACCGGGCUUGAUGGAUGUGGUGGAGCUUUUUGGGGAGUUGGCAGGAUUGCACAAAUAGAUCUGAAACCAGGAAAUACAAGGAUAAGAUUCUGAACGCUGAAGGUAGAACUGUUAUGUAAGAAGCAGACCCACACGUAUCUUUAAUGUGGAAUCAAUGUCUGUUUUGGUACAGUGUGUCUAUUUACAAUGUACACUAUAGAACUAAGGUUCCAAAAAUUCCGUAGCUUUCCCUAAAAUUCCCAAUUUUCCAGAAAUCGUGGUUGGAGGAUCUGGAUUUCCUGCUUAUAUUUUUAAAUUGAAUUUAGACAAAGUUACCAGAAUUUUGCAAUCCUAUAUAGAACACACACUGCGGUAUGAUCUGCUCCAUGCUAUUUUGUUAAAGUGAUCCUUACGCUUCUGCCCACUGAAUAAGCCCCUGGGUCGUGUUCAUUAAGCACCAAACGGACGAAAACAGACAUGAUACAGGUGACGGACUAUCUGGUCCAAUAAGAAAAGCUCAUUUUCAUUUUCCAUUGCAAAUCGUUUGGUGCCUAAUGAACACGGACGGCCCUGGUGGUAUGAUAGGUUGGUGUAACUCUCUCCCCCGAGUCCGUCUUCUCUACACUGACUGACUGACGUCUGUUGAUCUGUCCAUCUCCCAGUCUGAUGAAGGACUACUUCUUCAAGCCUCCCAUCAACAAGCUGAGCCACACCUUCCUGGACAGAACCCUGGAGUCUGCCUACAGGACCAGCUACCAGGAAGAGGUGUGUAUCCCUCUUUUCUGUCUCUCUCGCUAUCUGCCUCUCCCUGUCAACAAUUCCCCCCCCCUCUUUGGUCUGUCUGUCCCCUAUCUAUUACUCUGCCUGUCUGUCUGUCUCUGUUCCUCUUAUUUGUCUUUCUAAUGUCUCACUACUUCUCUCUGUCUACUAGACUAGACCUGGUUUGUCUUUUCUUGUCUGUCCCUCUGACUCCCUAUCCGUUUCACCCUGCUUUUCUUCAUGUCUGUCUAGCUCUCUGUGUGUGUGUUCUCUGAGUAACCUGUAAGCACUGCACUAUGUAUGGCCUGUCAGGACUGCGGCAAAGGCAGGGAAAUCACUGCAGGACCUCAAUAGGAAUGUCCUCUUGGCUUGUGAAGCCCUCUGCUGAUAAAGUGGGGGAACUGCAUGUUCAACUUCACGUCUGGAUAAUGUUUAGUUUACAUUUACAUUUUAGUCAUUUAGCAGACGCUCUUAUCCAGAGCGACUUACAGUUAGUGAGUGCAUAAAGUUUUUCAUACUGGUCCCCCCGUGGGAAUCGAACCCACAACCCUGGCGUUGCAAGCGCCAUGCUCUACCAACUGAGCUACAGAAGGCCAAUUCAGUUUCAUACUUACGACUUAAUCACAACAAGAGUUUUUUUAAAGACUUCCAUUCCUCAUGCUUCUCUAUUCUCUCCCGCAACCUUUGUUAUUUUUUUAAUCAUCUGUUCCUUUCCUUUGCUCUCUCUCUUUUACCCUUUCCAAUCCUCCCCUCUCUUUAUUUCUUUACUCUUUGCAACCGGACCCAGGUACCAUUCAUUGCCAUUGUGCCUUUAGCAAGGCACUUAACUCCUACAAUUGCUCUGGCAGUGCUCUGCGGCUAACGCUGUGCUGCUCCCAGCCUUGUGUGUCUUUGUGUGUGUAUGAGGUUGGCUAUUGUGACAGCAAAUCAAUCAAUUUCCAUUGAAAAAUGACAAAGUAUUUAUUCUCUUCUAUUCCCUCCCGUCCCCAGGUGGAGACCCAGGCGGCGGUGCAGACCUUUGCCAGUCCUACCUUCAGCUCUUUCCUGGACAUGGUCCUGUGCUGCUCUGUGUUCCUGGCCCUCUCCCUGGCCUGCCUCCUCCGGCCCCUGCUCUCCCUCCCUAAGGCCCCCCUGCCUGCCCCGGCCCUCGCCCUGGUUGCCGUGGCCGCCCUGCUGGAGGCCCUGGCGCUGGUGCUGUCUAUACGGUAAGGGGGUGGGGAGAGGGAUAUGAGAGGUGGGGAGGAACUGGGGAGGAGAGGAAGAGGGGGAGGAUGUUGAAUGGGAGAGAACUUAGUGGGGUGAGGUUUGAAGAUGGGGGGGGAAAAGGGGAGGCUAUUAGUCUGUUUUUCAAUGGGGUUGGAUUACUGUACACAUACUGUCUAUCAGCCCUCUCUGAGCUAACCUCCUCUCCUCCUCUCCCAGGAUGGCCUUCUACCUGGACAGCGUGAUGAGCUGCACUAGGACCCUGCUGAGGGCCAUCUCUGGCUGGGUCCCCCGUCACCUGAUAGGGGCCGUGCUGGUGUCCCUGCCCACUGUGUCCGUCUUCUCACACGUCACCUGUGACAUGCACCUCUCCAUACAGGUGAGCGUGUCUAUUCUGUUAAUUUGCCCCGGUCAUUUCCUCCAGAGUUUGACAAUGCUAACGAUUGUUCCUUCCUGUGUCUCUAUCUGUGUCUCCCAGUUCACCAUGCUCACCUGCUGUGCAGUGAUCAUUGCCAUCAUCCAGUACUGUAACUUCUGCCAGCUGAGCUGCUGGAUGCGCUCGGCCAUGGCUACCGUGGUGGGAAUGGUGCUGCUCGUCCUGCUCUUCAGCCCCCCCUGCAGGUCAGACACAUUAUAAUGCUGCUCGUCCUGCUCUUCAGCCCCCCCUGCAGGUCAGACACAUUAUAAUGAAUGAUAUCUUUUUUAACACAUUUAUGGCCCUUUUUGUUGGUCAGAAAGGACCUUAAAGGGGCAUCUGCAGUUCAAACAAUAACAACACGGACACCCUGUCACUGUUUUGGUAAACAACUGAGGAACGGGGCUGGAGAAAUGUAACCACCCUCAAAUUUGUAUAUUGCCCAUUUAAUCCACUACCAAUGCACUCACUGAGGUUCGAUAGGAUAUUGUAUACAAUAUUACCACAAUGUCAUCCUUUAGUAUGACUUUUCCUUUGUGCUGACACUGUGUAAUUUAAUUUGUUGUGAACUCAAUUAAUCUUAUCCGACCGUGUCCCAUGUUUUUGUCUCCUCUGUCUUCCAGUUCUGCCAAGAGUAUGUUAUUUUGGUGAGUAGAAUGAAGUUAUCUAUACAACUAUUGAUGCAUUCACAAUGUAUCAUUGGAUGGCCAUGCUGUAUUCUCAGAUUUUAAAUAUAUCUCUCUUCCUUAACUUCUUCCCUCUCUUUUUCACCAUCCCUCCUUCCAUCUCUCCAUCCCUCCUUUCUUCUCUCCUUCCUUGUUUCUCCCUCCCUUUCUCUCUCCUCCAGGUCUGGUGACGCCACCAACAACAGUAACCACAGCAGUGUUGUGCCUGGUCAGCCUGAGCCCGCCACUGACCCCCUGCCCCGCCCUCAGGACCUGCUGGGCCCCGAGGUGGGAGUGGCCUUCUUCCUGCUUCUGCUGCUCGUCUGGUUCCUCAACCGCGAGUUCGAGGUCAGCUACCGCCUCCAUUACCACGGCAACGUGGAGGCCGACCAACACCGCAUCAAGAUCCAGAACAUGAGGGACCAAGCCGAUUGGUUGCUUAGGAACAUCAUCCCCAUCCACGUGGCAGAGCAGCUCAAAGUGACCCAGAGUUACUCAAAAAACCAUGGUAACAUUGGCGUGAUUUUUGCCAGUAUCGUGAACUUUAGCGAGUUCUACGAGGAGAGUUACGAGGGCGGCAAGGAGUGCUACCGCGUGCUCAAUGAGCUCAUCGGUGACUUUGAUGAGCUGCUUCGCGAGCCGCCCUUCAACAACAUUGAGAAGAUCAAGACCAUCGGCGCCACGUACAUGGCGGCGGCCGGGCUGAACGCGCAGCAGUGCGCCGAGGCGCCGCACCCGCACGGCCACCUGCGGGCGCUGUUUGACUUCGCACUGGAGAUGAUGCGCGUGGUGGACGACUUCAACAAGAACAUGCUGGGCUUCAAGUUCAAGUUGCGCAUUGGGUUCAACCAUGGUCCUUUGACCGCAGGGGUGAUCGGCACCACUAAGCUGCUCUACGACAUCUGGGGCGACACAGUGAACAUCGCCAGUCGCAUGGACACCACGGGCGUGGAGUGCCGCGUGCAGGUGAGCGAGGAGAGCUACUGUGCGCUCAGUGCCAUGGACUACAACUUCGACUACCGCGGCACAGUCAAUGUCAAGGGCAAAGGUCAAAUGAAGACCUUUCUGUUCCCCAAGAGUGCGGACAGCGGUGCCCCCGUGCCUCAGUACCUGCUCUCCGUAUCGCCAGAGAUCCGGGUGCAGGUGGACGGGAGUAUCGGGCGCUCGCCAACGGAUGAGCUCUCUAAUAUGGUGCCUAGCUCCAUGGCUGGUGUACCCAGUACCACCAGUCCCUCGCUCAGCCCUAGGGUGUCCACGGGUCUGCUGCGGCCUGAGAGGGGGAUGGUGGAGGCUGGAGAUAGGCCAGACAGCCGGGAACAAUACUACUGUAGCCCUAAUACUACAGAGACCAUCACAGCCAGACGCUCCUCCUCCUCCUCGUCCUACGUUGGUCUAGCCUCCCUGCCUAUCACUAGUCAAGCUGGAGCUACUUUGAAAGUCCAACAACCGACUCUGCCCAUCAUUAGUUUAGGUGGAUCUCCUUCCACAAAAGUCCAACAACCAAAUCUGCCCAUCACUAGUCUAGCAGGUGCUCCUCAAACAUCGACAAAUGUCCAACAACCAAUUAUUCCCAUCACUAAUAAAGGUGAAGCUCCUUCAACCAACGUCCAAGAAUCAAAUCUGCCCGUCACUAGUCUAGCUGGAGCUCCUCCAACAAACGUCCUCCAACAACCAAAACCUGUGGCGCCUGCCUCCCUCCAGCCUCUCUCCCCUCAGAAUGCCACAGCAACUGAGUCACGGAAGGAGGUGAAAAAAGAGAAAGUGGAGAAGGACGAUGAUGACAUUAUUGGCGAGCUAACGAAACUCUAA